UUUUUCCUAGGACAACUCUGUUAUAUCUGGUCAGAUAUAAAUGUGCCACUUCACCUUCUUCCAUAGCUCACACCAAUCACAACAAGAGAAGUAUUUUGAGUUUCAGAGAACCAUAAUUCUCCUAUGGCGACGAACUUUAGUUCCAUCCCUGUAAUUGAUAUUAGUCCACUUUUGGCUAAGGCAGAUGAUCCCAAAAUGGCCGAGGACCCUGGUGUACUCGAGGUUGUAAGACAAUUGGAUAAGGCUUGUACAGAGGCAGGCUUCUUCUACGUGAAAGGACAUGGUGUUCCGGAGACUCUCCUCAAAGAAGUUAGAGAUGUAACGCGCGGAUUCUUUGAACUUCCAUAUGAAGAAAAGGCAAAAAUCCAAAUGACUCCGGCUGCUGGAUACAGAGGUUAUCAAAGGAUUGGACAAAAUGUAACCAAAGGUGCACCUGACAUACAUGAAGCUAUUGAUUGCUAUAGAGAAGUGACCAAGGGCAUGUAUGGAGAUCUGGGCAAAACUAUGGAAGGAAGCAACCAGUGGCCACAAUAUCCUCAACCAUUCAAAGUUCUUAUGGAGGAGUAUAUUCGUCUCUGCACAGAUCUUGCAAGGAAAAUUAUGCGUGGAAUUGCUUUAGGAUUAGGUGGGUCACCUGAUGAAUUCGAAGGUCAAAGAGCUGGGGAUCCAUUUUGGGUAAUGCGGCUCAUUGGAUACCCAGGUGUAUCAUCUGUGAAUGGAACACAUGUUCUUAAAAAUGACAUUGGAUGUGGAGCGCACACUGAUUACGGUUUAUUGACAUUGCUGAACCAAGAUGACGAUAUAAACGCACUCCAGGUGAGAAACCUAUCUGGCGAAUGGAUAUCAGCACCUCCAGUUCCUGGGUCAUUUGUAUGCAACAUUGGUGACAUGCUAAAGAUAUACUCCAAUGGACUGUACGAGUCAACUUUGCACAGGGUUAUAAACGACAACUCAAAAUACAGAGUCAGCGUAGCAUACUUCUACGAGACAAACUUCGAUACUGCGGUAGAGCCGUUGGACACCCAUAAAACGAGGGCAAAUGGCAACAGGAAGUUCGAAAGACCAGUCUAUGGAGAGCAUUUAAUUGGCAAGGUUCUCACAAACUUUGUUCUUGAGUAACCUUGUUUUCCUUGUUCUAAUGUGCAAAUAAGCCAGCCAUCUAGAUCUUGUCUAGCAGGCUUCUAGCUUCUAUUAGACCUACCACUGCGGAUCCUGUACUAUUUUAAGUGCACACAAUAAUGUUAUUUAUCAAUGCCUCCAUUCUCAAAA